CAGUCACACCACAACUUCACUCCUCACCUCUUCCACUAUUCAGCACUUCUCAGCCUCUGCCUGGCACAGCAGCUCGUUCUGAAACCAUGGCCAAGGACAUGACUCUUCUCUGGGGCUCCGGCUCUCCUCCCUGCUGGAGGGUGAUAAUCGCCCUGGAAGAGAAGAACCUCCAGGGCUACAACCAAAAACUGCUCUCCUUUGAGAAAAUGGAGCACAAGUCCCCAGAAGUCAUGAAAAUGAAUCCCAGGGGACAGCUUCCUGCCUUCAAACAUGGGAACUUUGUCCUGAACGAGUCCUACGGUGCCUGCAUGUACCUGGAGAGCCAGUUCAAGUCCCAGGGAAACAAGCUGACCCCCGACUGCCCCGCUGAGCAGGCAAUGAUGUACCAGCGCAUGUUUGAGGGUCUCACGCUCGGCCAGAAAAUGGGGGACGUUAUCUAUUACAACUGGAAGGUCCCAGAGGGGGAGAGACACGACUCUGCUCUGAAGAGAAACAGAGAGGCUCUGGCUGCUGAGCUCAAGCUGUGGGAGGGAUACCUGCAGAAGGGACCAGGCCCUUUCCUGGCAGGAAAGACCUUUUCACUGGCUGAUGUGACUGUUUAUCCAGGCAUUGCAUAUCUCUUCCGUUUUGGGUUAUCAGAGGAGCGUUACCCUAAACUGGCAGAGUACUACAACUCUCUGAAGGACAGACCCAGCAUUAAAGCCAGCUGGCCUCCCACUUGGAAGGAGAACCCACAGGGACAAGACACACUGAAAGACAUCUGAGAUUCACACACACACUAACUGUUCCUGUUGUGUAAUAUGUUACCACUUCUUGCAUUGCACUACUUUAGCGGACCACAUUUUUAAGAAAUAUGCUUUUUCUGUUACUGUGUUUGCUAAUUUCCUAACAACACUUAUUUGUGACUUAAACAACUUGUAAUUCUACAAUAAAAUAAUAAAAGCUGA